AUGUCGGAGGCUAGGGUUCAUGUACCCACAAAGGCAUGGUUUCUACUCUCUCAGCAUGACAGUGACGGUGGCGAAGACGAUGCCAUCGCCGCCGCACAUGGAGCCAGCUCCAACGGUGAGCAUGUCACUGCCUCAACCACCAGGAUUUGGACUACCGUCGCCAAGAGAAUCGCCGCGAGAGCUAAGACGGAAACACACAUCACCUUCACCGUUACAAGAGAAGUGUGA